GGCAUUCUCCCUCCUCCCCUCAUCCUGUUGUGACUGCACCUGCUGAAUGUGACCGGCGGGCACUGGAAGCAGCCGCAGCCACAGCCUUGGUGAGGAGCAACCGCAGCCCUGCCAGCUCCCUCCCAGUUCUCAUUGAGAAAAGGGGAGACGGAGCAGGAGGAGGGGGAGGAGAUGCUCCCUGCAAAGCUGCCUCCCCCCACAGAUCCAAAGAGCCUCUUGGAAUGGGCACUCGACUGUUCUGACGUUGUGAUUCUCUCGGGAGUUUGAAGACAGAAAGGAAAGGGGAGAAACCUGCAGAGAGCAUCAAAGGAUGAGGGGUGCUAUAAAAGAAGCAGGGGAGUCCUUUGAAAGAAAUCUAUCAUGCACUGAAAUGCUUUCUGGAGAAGGUGCCAUUAUUUUCCUCCCCUCUUGCUCAGAUGAAAGGAGCCAGCAAGGACAGUCCUGAAAUAUUCCUCAGGGGACUUUUUGUCAUUGUUCCUCUUUCCUCUUGCACAGAGCUAUUUGCUGACCUUUCCAGAGGAAUCUCAGUCCAGCUGAGAAGACAGUUCUUAAUAAAAACAAAAAAAUGCAAAAACCAAUUCCUGCUGUUUGAAUGGGAAUGGUAGCUUGCUUGCUGCAGUUCUUUUCCUGUGACAUUUUGGAAUGUCUGCAGAAACUUAAAAAAAAGAAAAAAAAAAACCUUAAAAACUCCCUGGAUUAGGCUAGAGAAAAGGAAGUUUUUUUUUGCUAAACAGGAGUAAAUGAGAGGUGGUAACUUAUCCCUAAGCCAGGACCUGGAUGAUCAAAACCUUCAAAUUCUAGGAAUCAGCACUUCAAAAAUAACAAAUAAACAAGCAUGAGGAGUGGCUGUUGGGUUUCGCUCAGAGGCAGGUUUUAAAGGAAGCCAAAACCGGGUUCAGAACUUCAGGCCUGUACGAUGCCUGAAGACCGGAAUUCUGGGGGGUGCCCGGCUGGUGCCUUAGCCUCAACUCCUUUCAUCCCUAAAACUACAUACAGAAGAAUCAAACGGUGUUUUAGUUUUCGGAAAGGCAUUUUUGGACAGAAACUGGAGGAUACUGUUCGUUAUGAGAAGAGAUAUGGGAACCGUCUGGCUCCGAUGUUGGUGGAGCAGUGCGUGGACUUUAUCCGACAAAGGGGGCUGAAAGAAGAGGGUCUCUUUCGACUGCCAGGCCAGGCUAAUCUUGUUAAGGAGCUCCAAGAUGCCUUUGACUGUGGGGAGAAGCCAUCAUUUGACAGCAACACAGAUGUACACACGGUGGCAUCACUUCUUAAGCUGUACCUCCGAGAACUUCCAGAACCAGUUAUUCCUUAUGCGAAGUAUGAAGAUUUUUUGUCAUGUGCCAAACUGCUCAGCAAGGAAGAGGAAGCAGGUGUUAAGGAAUUAGCAAAGCAGGUGAAGAGUUUGCCAGUGGUAAAUUACAACCUCCUCAAGUAUAUUUGCAGAUUCUUGGAUGAAGUACAGUCCUACUCGGGAGUUAACAAAAUGAGUGUGCAGAACUUGGCAACUGUCUUUGGUCCUAAUAUCCUGCGCCCCAAAGUGGAAGAUCCUUUGACUAUCAUGGAGGGCACUGUGGCGGUCCAGCAGUUGAUGUCAGUGAUGAUUAGCAAACAUGAUUGCCUCUUUCCCAAAGAUGCAGAACUGCAAAGCAAGCCCCAAGAUGGUGUGAGCAACAACAACGAAAUUCAGAAGAAAGCCACCAUGGGGCAGUUACAGAACAAGGAGAACAAUAACACCAAGGACAGCCCUAGUAGGCAGUGCUCCUGGGACAAGUCUGAGUCACCCCAGAGAAGCAGCAUGAACAACGGAUCCCCCACAGCUCUAUCAGGCAGCAAAACCAACAGCCCAAGGAACAGUGUUCACAAGCUAGAUGUGUCUAGAAGCCCCCCUCUCAUGGUCAAAAAGAACCCAGCCUUUAAUAAGGGUAGUGGGAUAGUUACCAAUGGGUCCUUCAGCAGCAGUAAUGCAGAAGGUCUUGAGAAAACCCAAACCACCCCCAAUGGGAGCCUACAGGCCAGAAGGACCUCUUCACUGAAGGUAUCUGGUACCAAAAUGGGCACGCACAGUGUACAGAAUGGAACGGUGCGCAUGGGCAUUUUGAACAGCGACACACUCGGGAACACCACAAAUGUUCGAAACAUGAGCUGGCUGCCAAAUGGCUAUGUGACCCUGAGGGAUAACAAGCAGAAAGAACAAGCUGGAGAGUUAGGCCAGCACAACAGACUGUCCACCUAUGAUAAUGUCCAUCAACAGUUCUCCAUGAUGAACCUUGAUGACAAGCAGAGCAUUGACAGUGCUACCUGGUCCACUUCCUCCUGUGAAAUCUCCCUCCCUGAGAACUCCAACUCCUGUCGCUCUUCUACCACCACCUGCCCAGAGCAAGACUUUUAUGGGGGGAACUUUGAGGACCCUGUUUUGGAUGGGCCCCCGCAGGACGACCUUUCCCAUCCCAGGGACUAUGAAAGCAAAAGUGACCACAGGAGUGUGGGAGGUCGAAGUAGUCGUGCCACCAGUAGCAGUGACAACAGUGAGACAUUUGUGGGCAACAGCAGCAGCAACCACAGUGCACUGCACAGUUUAGUUUCCAGCCUGAAACAGGAAAUGUCCAAACAGAAGAUAGAGUAUGAGUCCAGGAUAAAGAGCUUAGAACAGCGAAACUUGACUUUGGAAACAGAAAUGAUGAGCCUCCAUGAUGAACUGGAUCAGGAGAGGAAAAAGUUCACAAUGAUAGAAAUAAAAAUGCGAAAUGCCGAGCGAGCAAAAGAAGAUGCCGAGAAAAGAAAUGACAUGCUACAGAAAGAAAUGGAGCAGUUUUUUUCCACGUUUGGAGAACUGACAGUGGAACCCAGGAGAACCGAGAGAGGAAACACAAUAUGGAUUCAGUGAGCCUGCUUUCGCCUGCUAUCUCUGAUGGCUCUGGCAAGGACUCCAGGGAUUCUGGUGGUAUGACUUAGAACCAGGUGGCUGGUCACCUGGAUGUACAGAAGUCUAACUGGUGAAGGAAUAUCAUUUACAGACAUUAAACAUCCAUAUCUGCAAUGUGUACCAAAGUUAUAUCAUGCCCCAUAAUGCUACUGUCAAGUGUUACAACUGGAUAUGUGUAUAUAGAGUAGUUUUUCAAAAGUAAACUAAAAAUGAGAAGCAUAUUUCAAGAAUUAUUUUAUUGCAAGUCUUGUAUUUAAAAUGUUAAAUCAAUAUGUUGUUGCAAUUUAGCUUGCUUUCAAGCUUCACCCCUUGCACUUAACAUAAGCUAUUUUUGGCAUUGUGUUAUCAUCGGCUUAUUUUAUAGAUCAAUAUUUUUAUUUCCCUUUUUGCUGAGGAAAUGAAGAUAAGCAAAAAUAUAAAUAUAUAUAUAAAUAUAUGAGUUAUUAAAAUCAGAAGAAUACUUUGUGGCUGUGCUGUUUGUGCCAAUAGACUUUGUCAUGACCAAAAAGAGAAAUGUAAAUAGUUUUAUAAAAUACAGUCGAAUCACCAGGAACCUUUGAGCUGCUUUUAAAAUUCUUCCCCUGGCACCACUCAGUUUUGCUUUUGCGAGGCGAUUUGACAUAGGAACUUUGAGACUCCAUGAGAAAGUCCCUUUCUGAGGCCCACUGUCUACCUUGCCAGAUCCUCAGUGCGUAUCGCCAAUGCAGGAUGCUCCUUAGAGAAGAAAAAAUGGUAAAGAAUGGCAUUUAACGAUUCAGGCUUUGAAUUACUCUGUCCUUCUGGACCGAAUCUCUUUAACUGCUGGAUAGUUUUAGAGGAAUUCUCCUGCUACUUAGGUAUUGGGAAACAAUGCUUGCUAAACCAUGCCCACGUGAGCACCUGUCUCCCACUCAAACCUCUCCCAUCUCCCAACAACUGCACUUUAGAAUACCAGCAGUGAAAUGGUAUUACUGUUUCCCUCUGAGUGAAACUGCUAGAGUAUGUGUCACGUAGUGACAUUUUUUUCUCACUCAGGCUAUUGCCAUCUGGGAUUCUCUCCCUACUACAGCUGGCAAAGUUGGUUUGCAGCAAGAAGAUAGUGGGAGGGGGCCAGGCUGCAGGAGGAGAAGGAGAAAAGUUUAGAAGAAACAAGCCAUUUUGCUUCUAAUUUUGACAGUAUCAGUCUUUCCUGUUAAAACAUACAAUAAUUUUAAAAGGUGAAUGCCUAAAGUUCCAAUUUUAGCAAAUAUGGGAACCUCAGCAAUGCUAAUUUUCUAGAAAAACCCAGGGCUCUUUGGAGCUAGAGUUUUGGGAGAACAGUUCUUCACAAUAAGGCAAUGGUUUUGAGAAGCCAGGCAAAUAAUCUUUCUCACCGUAGAACAAAAAGUUACAAAAGGCAUAAUCGGAAAUAAAGACUACAUACUUGAGUUUAUGGGGUUUGUGUUGUUUGAAGGUUCAAUGGUUGCAUGUGUUUAUUUAUUUUCAAGAGGGAAAGUGGUCUGUACUGCUUUCAUCCUUGCCACUGUCUUGCUUUUAUUUUUACUCUCCCACUGAGGAAGCGUCUGUGGUCCUAUGGUAUCAACCAGUAUCUUUAUAGCAAUAAUUUCUUUAAUUCCCUUUUCUCUCUCUUUCCAAUUAUUUAACCAGUUACUUCCACCUGGACAUACGAUAGGAAAUUCAAACUCAAAAUAUGAAAAUUGAUCUUAAUAACUCUCCCUUCAUAUCUUUUCACCUAUUUCCAGUCCUUAUCAUAGUUCAUAAAAACCUCAGACUCAUCCAGAAAGCUAUAUGAUGCACUAGUAAAAAAACAAAGAUAUUCAAACUGCUUGGGUUCAAAUGGUAUACAAUUUGCCAGCUGUUACUGAACCUUCUAUGCAUAACUUUUUUUUUCCUCUGUGCAAUUGGAAUAAUAAAAAUACUACUCCCAUA